GCUCGCGAUUAUUUUUUCACCUAUCUAAAGUUUGCAUGAAAAGACCCCCCAAGCUUCGGGACGGACGAAGAGAUGCGUUUUCAGAAAAAAACAUGUCAGCUGGCCGUGACUCCUCAGACGGCAUCAUGGACAGGCCCAUUCAUUGGCUGUUAGGGAGGAGCGGCGCGGGCCACGGCAGGCACGUAUAUUAUAGCCUCGCCUUCCUUUGGGCCUCUCUCACUCUCUCUGCUCUACAUCAUCAUUCUCGUCAUCGAAUACAGCGCACACAUCGUCUAUUCUCGCCUACUACGUCACGUUGAGCUUACCGCGCACGCGAAUUACGGACCUUCCGAGAGACGAGUCCAAAUACCCACUUCUUCGCUCGUUCACUUCUUUUCUCCGCCUCCAGACCCCGGACAA